GCCCUGGACCUGUGCGUGCAGCUCCUGGAGAUGGGAGAGACAGCUUUGGUUGUGUCAGAUGCAAAGUACUGCUAUGGUGCCCAGGGCAGGAGCCCUGACAUCCCACCCAAUGCGGCCCUCACCCUGGAGGUGGAGCUGCUGGCAGCUCAAGAUGCUCCAGACCUAGAGCUGCUCAGCGGGAAGGAGAAGACAGAACUGGCCAACCGCAAGCGGGAGCGCGGCAACUUCUUCUACCAGCAGGCAGAUUACGUGCUGGCCAUCAACUCCUACGACAUCGCCCUCAAGAUCAUCGGCUCCAGCUCGAAAGUUGAUUUCAGUCCAGACGAGGAGGCUGAACUGCUGGACGUGAAGGUGAAAUGUCUCAACAACCUGGCAGCCUCUCAGCUUAAAUUGGACCAUUACGAGGCGGCCCUCAAGUCCUGUAACCUCGUCCUGGAGCACCAGCCAGGCAACAUCAAGGCUCUCUUCCGAAAGGGCAAGGUGCUGGCUCAGCAGGGCGAGUACAGAGAGGCCAUCCCCAUCCUGAAGGCAGCGAUAGCGCUGCCCUCUCCUCCCCAGACCAUCCACGCUGAGCUCUCCAAGCUGGUGAAAAAGCACGCGGACCAGAAGAACGUGGAGACCGAGAUGUACAGGAAGAUGCUCGGGAAUCCCAGCGCUGCUGGCGCCCCGGCGAAGUGCAAAGACAAGCUGCCCUGG